AUGAGAACAAAAAGUGCAAAUAAAUUAAACGUCGAACAGACUACAGGUGAAAUUAAAAAAGUUGAACUAAAUAGAGAAUAUUAUAAUUGUAUAAAGACAUAUGCAAGUGAUUUACAAAAUUUAUCUUUUAAUUUUUUUCCAUCAAUAAAUACAUACACAUGUGUACCUAAACUUAGUGCUAUUAAUACAAUAACAUUUCAUCCAUGUAUAUCAAGUUCUGAUUAUAUUAAUAAAACAUAUACAUUCAAGCCAUUAUUUACUCAUCAUUUUUUUAGUGACAGUGAACAGGUAAUUGGAUUUGAAAAUUUGAAUAUAGAAUUUUAUUACACGUGCGACAAUUAUGAAGUGUUCAUGAAGUUGAAUGGGUCCAUAUGUGACCAAUAUGAAAAUUCAAAUUAUAUCAUGUUAAUGCUUUUACAAAGUUUAUAUAUCACCACUCCUUAUCCAGGUGGCUUUAUAGAAAGUGAAGAAAAAUUUUUAAGUAUAUUAAAUCGAAAUGAUAAAAAGCUAGUUAAAAAAAAUAGUUAUGAGGAACAAGUCAGGAAUGCCAUAUAUAAGCCUCCUGGUUAUAUUAUUUAUGAGAAACAUAUUAGUAAAGAUAUAAUUUUACAAAUACGCAAAUGUGGAUUUUCCUCUGAAUAUUUUAAAUUCGAUAGUAGUAGUGACAUAAAAAAUAUAAAGAGAGAAACUGUAAGCGGAGAAAAUGGUCAGGUAUGUGAUGAAAUGAGUACAAAUAAUGGAAAAGGAAGUCAUGAAAACACAUCUGGAAGCUUAUUACCUACUGAUGUUUUAGAAUGGGAUAGAACUGUGAAUAAAAGGAAAGCAGCUGUUAAUAAUAUUUUGAUUAGAAGCGAAAAGAGAGGUUCAAGAAGUAGAACGAAUAGUGUACAUACCAAAUCAGACUCUAGAAAAAGUAGUAUUGUUAGGAGAAAUACAAGUGAUAGUCUUAGUAAAAGUAAAGAGGAUCUUGAGGAUAACACAAAGAAGGUGCCUGGUAAUGGCAGACGAAGGAGGAGAAAAACAAGUACAAUUGAUAAUAUGGAAAAUAAUGUAAAUGAUAGUAAUUUAAAUGAAAGUAAUACAAAUGAAGAUAUGGGCAAUAAGGACAACGAUGAAAAUGUGGAUAAUAAGGAAAAUGAGGUUAAUAAUGAAACAGUGGAUAAUAAUGAAACAGUGGAUAAUAAUGAAACAGUGGAUAAUAAUGAAACAGUGGGUAAUAAUGAAACAGUGGAUAAUAAUGAAACGGUGGGUAAUAAUGAAAAUAUAGAUAAUAUUAAUAAUAAUAAUAAUGAUAAUGUUGUUGCUGAAAAGAAUAAGGUGGGUACGAGAAAAUAUUCAGAUUCGAAAAACUCCUGCAGCAGCAUGAAUGCUCGCAACAAUGUCCUAAACGUUUGGACCAAAGGAAAAAGAAGAAGACGUAAAAAGAAAAGAGAAGCACUGAUUAAAAAUGAUGCUGACGGUAAUAAUUCAGGGGAAGAAAAUAAGGUUGUAAAAAGUUUGUAUACAAGAACUGUUACAGAAAAGGAUAUGUCGCAAAUGUACAAAGAUUAUUUAAAAGUAUUAGAUGAACGAAAAAACCAAAAGAAGAAAAAGAAAAGAAAAAGACGACGAAAAAAAAAAAAUGUAGAAGAAGGAGAAAAGGAAGGUGAAUCUAAACAAACUAUAGAAGGAGGAGAAUCUUUAGAUAAAUGUUCUAUUAAUGAUAAAGAAGGAAGAAAAGAAUACAAUGAAGAAGGAGAGGGAGGAGAAGAAGAAGAAGAUGAUGAUUAUGAUUAUGAUGACGACGAAUAUGAUGAUGAUGAUGAUAAUAAUUGUGCAGAAGAAGAAAUGGAUGAAGAAGAAAGAUUAAGAAAAUUGAUAAGUGAAAAUUAUCAUAAUAGAUAUGAUUAUACAGUUAAAGAUAAUUUUGAAAUUUUACAUAGAAGAGUUGAAUGGUUUUAUCAUUGGUUUAUUGAAAGUGCUUCAAAUAUUGAAUAUGAUUAUAGAUGGAGUGUAAUAUUACCAUAUAUUAUAUUUAAACAUGAUAAGAGCAAACCAUUUGCAAAAAAUAAUUUUAUUGAUAAUUUAAACGCUGAACUGUUUAAAAGCCGUACAUCAUCUACUACGAGUGCUCAAAAAAAGGAUGUUAAGGAAGAAACUAUGAAUGGUUGUAAAAUGGAAGGGGGUUCAUUAGAAGUACCAAAUAAAUUAAGUGAAAAAAAAAAUGUAUCAACGGUUACUAAUAUAUCAACCGUUACCAAUAUAUCAACCGUUACUAAUAUAUCAACUGUUACUAAUAUUUCCAGUGCAUCAAAAGUGACUAGCACAAAAGGAAAGUCGAACUGUUUAACAAAAAAUCAAAUCGAGGAGCAAAAUGAUAAAGAAUUAAGUGAAGGCACAUUGAAUGUAAACAAAAAGGAAAAACAAAUCGACGAAGUUAUAGUAGUAGAAGAUGAAGAUGAAAAUGAAGAUCAAGAUAAAAAUGAAGAUCAAAAUCAAAGUGGGGAAAAAAAAAAGAGUACUGGUAAAAGAGGUUUGUUAACGAAUGGUCAGGAAGUAAAUGAAAACAAGAAAAGAAACAAAGGUCAAAAAUAUGAAGAUGAACGAAAUGAUAAUUAUAUUGAAAUAGUAGAAAUAAAAGAUGAUGUUGAAGUGAUAGAGAUAUCUGAGGGAGAAGAAAAAGACGAAAUAAAAGAUAAAAUGAAAGAUAAAAUAAAAGAUAAAAUGAAAGAUAAAAUAAAAGAUGUAAACAAUGAGGAUAGUAGCAAAAGUAAUAGUACUAACAAUAAUAAAAAAAAUAAUAUAAGUAGUAGUGAUUGUAAUGGUAGUAAUAAUAAUAAUAAUAAUAAUAAUGUUACACAAAAAGAUGUUGUGUGUUUUCCAAAAGAAUAUGUAAUUACCAAUGAUCUAGUCAAACAGGCAAUAUUUGAUACCUUGAAUAACGUAUAUAGUAAAAAUGAAGAAGAUUAUUAUUCUUUUCAUAAUGAUCAUGAUGUUGUUUAUUUAUAUGCAGAUUUGCUCAAGGAAAAAGAAAACAAUAAUUAUAAUAAUAAUAAUAAUAAUAACAUUUUAGAUGGACAAAAAGAAGAUAAAGAUACUGCCAUUCAAAAGUGGAAGAGAGAAAGUGUUUCAAAGACAAAUGUAAUAGAAUGUUUUAAUGGUAAGAAAGAAGAACAAGAUGAAGAAGGUAACGAGUAUUGUUAUUAUUUUUAUUUAUUUGGUUUAGCAACAACUUAUACAUUCUUUACAUUUCAAUUUGAUAGAAACAGAAUAUCUCAAUUUUUGAUUUUCCCUCCCAUGCAAUGUAAAGGGUUAGGUAUGCAGGUUUUAGAAAAGAUUUAUCAUUUAUCAAUUGUUAAUACAAACAUUAGAGAAAUAACUGUUGAAGAUCCAGCAGUUUCAUUUACUCAAUUAAGAGAUAUCAUUACAAUAAAAAUGUGCAUUGAUUUAAAUAUUUUAUCACCGAGUGUUUUAUAUCCACAAGAAUAUUUAACAACAAAAAAUAUUCAAAAGGAAAAUGUGGAAUUAGAUAAGAAGAGGUUUAUGGCAGUUUGUAAAGAAACACACAAGCAAAUUACUAGAAUGAUCGAAACUUUAAUGUUAGCUGAUGUAUUACCUCAUCCUGCUCCUGCAUAUACAGAUAAUGAGGAAAAGGUUACAGGUCUUAGGAAACGAGAGAAGAAAAAUGAUAACAACAAUUCUUUAAAUUCAAUGGAAUAUUUUGAAUCAUCUGAUUUAUGUAAAGAAGUGCGAAUAAAAAUAAAAAAGAGGAUAAAAAAUGAUUACAUAGGAAAUUUGAUAAACAAAAAUAUGAAUUGCAUGGCAAGUGACGUCUUCCAAGAUUAUGUGAAAGAAGAACUAUAUAAGUUGUGGAGGAAACAAUGUAGAGUUUAUUAUAGGACUAUAAGAAAGUUAAGAAACAUAUAUCCAUUAUAA